AUGGGUGCUGGGAGGGCCCCCUGGGUAGUGGCUCUCCUAGUGAACCUCAUGAGGCCGGAUUCCUUCAUGUCUGAAGGCAGAGACUCCCCAGAGGACUUUGUGAUUCAGGCAAAGGCCGACUGUUACUUCACCAACGGGACAGAGAAGGUGCGCUUCGUGGUCAGGUUCAUCUUCAACCUGGAGGAGUAUCUACAUUUCGACAGUGACCUGGGGAUGUUUGUGGCGCUGACGGAGCUGGGGGAGCCUGAUGCUGAGCAGUGGAACAAACGCUGGGACCUCCUGGAGCAGAGCAGAGCCUCUGUGAACCUGGUCUGCAGGCAGAACUACAGGCUGGGGGCCCCCUUCACCGUGGGGAGAAACGUACCACCCGAGGUGACAGUGUGCCCAGAGAGGACCCCGCUGCUGCGGCAACACAACCUGCUGCUCUGCUCUGUGACAGGCUUCUACCCCGGGGACAUAAGUGUUCGGUGGUUUCGGAAUGGACAGGAGGAGAGGUCUGGGAUCAUAUCCACUGGCCUUGUGAGGAACGGAGACUGGACCUUUCAGACGACAGUGAUGCUGGAAAUGACCCCAGAGCUUGGGGACAUCUACAGCUGUCUCGUGGAGCACCCCAGCCUCCAGAGUCCUGUUUCCGUGGAGUGGGGUGAGCUUAUUUAG